AAAAUGCUCAUCAAAGUUAAAACCUUGACUGGAAAGGAAAUUGAGCUGGACAUCGAACCAAAUGAUCGAGUCGAGAGAAUCAAAGAAAAGGUCGAAGAAAAAGAAGGAAUCCCACCACCCCAACAGCGUCUCAUUUUCGCCGGAAAGCAAAUGAACGACGACAAGACAGCAGCAGAUUACAAGGUUCUCGGUGGAUCUGUUCUUCAUCUGGUUCUUGCUCUCCGCGGAGGAUUUUAAGAAAAUGUAUUCAUAUAAAAUGUAAACUCCCGUCUGAAUUGAGCCCGCUCCAAAUAGAAACGAGUCACAGUCCCGAAUGUCCCGUUUUUAUGUCCAAUCUCUCCAACUUUCAAUAUUUAUUGUUACAUCAGUUCUUUAAAUCAUAUUCCUCAUUUUAUUUUCUGUGUUCAAAUAAAUAAUGCAUU